UGAAGUUUGCUGUCAUAUCUGGUUUAUUAAUAAAUGAUGUCGUUUUUCCAAUCCACAUGUUUUAGAUUUGUCAACAGGUUACAACAUGGUUGAAGCAGCAGUAACCAUGUAGCUGCACAUUGUAUUUCACUCCUUACUAGUCAAUUCAAAGUCACCUUGAGAGGAAAGAGAAAGAGUAAUUAUUGCAGAGUUUCUUUUUGGAAGUCUGUAUAUCCCACCCAAAGUAAAAAACAAUAGAAUAAUAAGGCAUAAAGGGAAGAAGAAGACUGAGAGGGGAUUGGAGAAGAGCAAAGAGCAAAAAGACAAAUCUUGUCAUUCUCUUUAAAAAAAUAACUCAAAACAAAUAUACUAUCUUUCCUUUCACUAAGCAAGUUGAUUCCUUUUAAUUCACGAGAAUCAAAGUUUGAUUCUUUCACUUUCAAAUCUCAUCAUCCAUAAGAAAUGGAAGUACCCAUCUUUUUUUCUUUUCCAAUCUGAUUCCUUUCUUAAGAGAUGGAAGUCAUUUGUAUGCUCAUAAAAGAUUUUGUAUUUCGUUGCGUUGAUCAUUGGGGUUGACUUUGCUGAAGAUGGAAUUUCUUCUUGGAAUUCUUAUAUUCACUUACUUGCUCUCUUUUGUAUCAGCUGAUUUACAAGGAGAUGCUUUAUUUACAUUGAGGAGUUCGCUCCAAGCUUCACCCACUCAAUUGGCAGAUUGGAAUCAAAAUCAAGUUAACCCUUGCACUUGGUCAUAUGUUAUGUGUGAUUCUAGUUAUAAUGUUAUUUCUGUGACAUUGCCAUCCAUGAACUUUUCUGGCACCUUGUCUCCUAAAAUAGGAGUUCUGAGUACUCUUUCAUCACUCACUUUGAAAGGAUGUGGUAUAACUGGUGAGAUACCAAAAGAGUUGGGGAACUUGUCUAGCUUGACCAACUUGGAUUUGGAAAAUAAUCGUUUGAGUGGAGAAAUACCCUCUUCCCUUGGUAAUCUUAAAAAUCUUCAAUUCCUCAGGAUACUGAGUAAGAACAAUCUUAGUGGGACUGUCCCUGGAUCAAUUUCAGAUCUUCCAAAGUUGAUCAAUCUUCGACUUGAUUCAAAUGAUCUUAGUGGUCAAGUUCCUGAGCAUUUGCUCCACAUUGCAAUUUACAACUUUACAGGAAACAAGUUAAAUUGUGGUAAAAAUUUUUCUUACAGUUGUGUGUCAAGCGGAAAUGGUUCAGGUUCUUCGCGGAAUCCAAAGGUUGGAAUUAUUAUUGGAAUUGUUGUGGGAUUUAUAAUUCUGCUUUGUGGUAGCUUGCUAUUUUUCCUGUUCAGAUGUAGGCAUAAACGCUACAAGGGCGAAGUGUUUGUAGAUGUUGCAGGUGAAGUUGACCGAAGAAUUGCUUUUGGUCAAUUGAAAAGGUUUGCUUGGAGGGAAUUGCAGUUGGCUACUGACAACUUCAGUGAAAAGAAUAUCCUUGGACAGGGAGGUUUCGGAAAGGUUUAUAAAGGUGUGCUUUCAGAUAACACAAAAGUUGCGGUUAAGAGAUUAACUGAUUUUGAAAGUCCGGGAGGAGAUGCAGCUUUUCAACGUGAAGUUGAGAUGAUAGGUGUAGCUGUUCACAGGAAUCUCUUACGGUUGAUUGGCUUUUGCACAACACCGACAGAACGCCUUUUGGUUUAUCCAUUUAUGCAGAAUUUAAGUGUGGCCUAUCGUCUUCGAGAACUCAAACCCGGUGAACCUGUUUUAGCUUGGCCCGCAAGAAAAAGAAUAGCACUAGGUGCAGCACGUGGGCUGGAGUACCUUCACGAACAUUGCAAUCCUAAGAUCAUUCAUCGGGAUGUGAAGGCAGCUAAUGUUUUAUUGGAUGUAGACUUUGAAGCAGUUGUUGGUGACUUUGGACUUGCGAAGUUAGUCGAUGUAAGGCGGACAAAUGUUACAACUCAAGUUCGUGGGACAAUGGGCCACAUAGCACCAGAGUACUUGUCCACCGGAAAGUCAUCCGAAAGGACAGAUGUUUUUGGUUACGGGAUUAUGCUUCUAGAGCUUGUAACAGGUCAACGUGCAAUUGAUUUUUCACGCUUGGAAGAUGAAGAUGAUGUUUUGCUGCUUGAUCAUGUCAAGAAUUUGGAAAGGGAGAAAAUGCUCGAUGCUAUUGUUGAUCGUAAUCUUAAUAAAAAUUACAUCAUGCAAGAGGUAGAGGCAAUGAUCCAAGUUGCACUGCUUUGUACCCAAUCUUCACCAGAGGACCGUCCAGCAAUGUCGGAGGUAGUGAGGAUGUUGGAAGGAGAGGGGCUGGCAGAGAGGUGGGAAGAAUGGCAGCACGUUGAAGUCAUGCGUAGGCAAGAGUACGAAAGAAUGCAAAGGAGAUUCCAAUGGGGAGAAGAUUCCAUGUAUAACCAGGACGCAAUUGAGUUAUCAGGCGGAAGAUGAGGUACAGAGUUGCACUUUGCUUGUUAAAAACCAUGUAACAUCCGAGUUUGUAUUAGUAGGUGUUGCUAAAUUAGUGUUUCAUUUGGUGUGCAAAACUAUAAUUUGAACAGUUAUAGGAAAAUCCUGUAAAAGAAAAGGGGCAAAAAUUGGCAUCAUGUUUUUAUAUCAGAUCCUUUGUAUUUGUUUGUCAUAACUCCGGUUUCCAACAUGUUUUAUUCAAAAAUUUUUGUAUGUCUUCAUGGCUGAACAAAA